CUUGAGUCUCAUUCACCACAUACGCGCAGUGGUGAUCGGUCAUUUAGCAUAGUUAAUUUACAACCAUGAACGUGCUCAUCGUUUUAGCCGGUUUCCUGGCUAUUGGGGCUGCUGUCGGCCCAGCCACCAGCAAGGUAGUCUGCUACUACAACAGCAAAAGCUAUGUCAGGGAAUUCGAAGGAUGCAUUUAUCCAGCUCAAGCGCGCAUGCUGCCUUUGGACUUGGACCCAGCUCUAUCCUUCUGCACUCACCUCGUCUAUGGCUACGCUGGCAUUCAACCCGACACCUACAAAAUGGUGUCUCUCAACGAGAACCUGGAUGUCGACCGCUCUCACGCGAACUACCGUGCCAUCACCAACUUCAAGACUAAGUACCCCGGUCUGAAAGUCCUCCUGUCCGUUGGAGGAGAUGCCGAUACUGAGUCACCUGAGAAGUACAACCUUCUGUUGGAGUCUCCUCAAGCCCGUACUGCCUUCGUGAACUCUGGAGUGUUAUUGGCUGAACAGCACGGUUUCGAUGGCAUCGACCUGGCUUGGCAGUUCGCCAGGAUCAAGCCGAAGAAGAUCCGCUCCACUUGGGGUUCCAUCUGGCACGGCAUCAAGAAGACCUUCGGCACCACCCCUGUCGAUGACAAGGAGUCUGAGCACCGUGAAGGCUUCACCGCCCUCGUCCGUGAGAUGAAACAGGCUUUGAGCGUCAAGCCCAAUAUGCAACUGGCCAUCAGUGUUCUACCUAAUGUCAACUCCUCCAUCUACUACGAUGUCCCCGCUAUCAUCAACCUUGUGGACAUGGUGAACCUCGGCGCGUACGACUUCCAGACUCCUGAACGCAACCCCAAGGAGGCUGACUACGCCACUCCCCUGUACACCCCUCAGAACCGCAACCCUCUGCUCAACGCUGACGCUGUUGUCACUUACUGGCUCCAAGGAGGUGCCCCAGCUCAGAAGCUCGUCCUCGCUAUUCCCACUGCUGCCCGCACAUGGAAGCUGGACUCUGACAGCGAAAUCGCUGGAGUUCCUCCCCUACACGCUGAUGGUCCUGGAGAAGCUGGUCCUUACACCAAAAUCGAGGGUAUCUUGAGCUACCCUGAAGUGUGCGGCAAGCUCAUCAACCCCAACCACCAGAAGGGUAUGCUCCCCCACCUCAGGAAGGUCACUGACCCCAGCAAGCGUUUCGAGAAGGGCUUAACCAAGGACCAAGACUUAACCCCUCAUUUUGGAACCUACGCCUUCCGUCUUCCCGACGACAGCGGUGAGGGUGGUCUGUGGGUGACCUAUGAGGACCCUGACACCGCCGGCCAGAGGGCUGCCUAUGUCAAGGCCAAGAACCUUGGAGGAGUUUCCAUCGUUGACCUGUCCAUGGAUGACUUCCGUGGUUUGUGCACUGGUGACAAAUACCCCAUCCUCAGGGCCGCUAAAUACCGUCUUUAAAUGUAAUCAAGACAAAUUAAUUAUGUAUUCUACAGUAAAAUAAUAAUUUCCUACACGAUACAAAUAUUAUGUUACAAAGCGCAUACCGUGCCUUUUGCCGCCUCAUAAAACUUCAACUUUGUAAUCAAUCCUAAUAUCUUUGACUGCAAUUAUAAAAUGCUGAUAAAAAUUGCUAUGAAACUAAUUAUAAUAUGUGUAAUUUCUACAGUACAAUAUGAAUGUUGAAUUAUUAAAAGAACAAUGUUUUUAUGUGCUA